AUGCAAGAAUAUACACUUCUGCAGGAAGAAAAGUUUGUGAGUAAAAAGAUAGAACAGAACCAAUUAGAAAGUCCUGAAGAUGUGGUAGUAUCUUUCUCUGCUUCAGAGGCUUCAGGGGAUACUCUUAAUGAGAAUUUGGUAAAGAUUACCCUCUUCCAGCCAACUAUUGCCACUGUGAUGCAUCUGAAUUCGAAAGCGAUCAAAGUGAUGGCUAAAAAAGUGGUUUCAAGGCUGCAAAUUCAUCAUCUUAAGAAAAUUUAUUUCAUUUUUGAUAAGAAUAAAGUAUUCAGACUAGGAAAGGGAGGUAAAUUCUUCAGAAACUGCGUCAGGAUAAUCUCAAAAAUGAGUCCGCAGCCAGGUACAACGUUCUGUUUCUUCAGAUGAUUCAUAAAAGUCAAGGAGUUUCUUAAGCUGAUGCAUGCUGGAGCUCAUCAUGAAAAGAUUGAUUUCUUCUCAUGAGCUGUGGAAGGAAUCAAUGAAAUAAGACAGAUCAAAUUUGAUAAAAAAUACAACUUCAAAUGUACAGAAAUAACUCUUGAUAUCAUGAAUUUAACAUCAGAAGAUUUGAAAUAAGAUUCUGAAGGCUAUCCAAGCCAAUAGUUCCCUGAGUAUAAGCCUCAAGAAAAUCUAUAUCAAUGAAAGCUUUGUUUCCACCUUCUUUGCCAAUAGGAGUGCUGAGAGAUAUGGCCUUAGCCAUAUCAAGAUUGAGGACAUUUCUAAGAGAUCUCUGACUCCGUAAA